AUCAUUGUUUACUUUUUUCGGCGUGUUUGAAUUUGAUAAAUAAUGGCGUUGAAAUAAAUUGCUAAUUAAUCGAGAAUUUUUCUUUAAUUUUAAUUAAAUUCACGAUCGAAUCGAGUAAUAUUAUCGUCGAAUCGUGUCUUCGAAGUGUAUACUGCAAAAUGAGCUCUUUAACGACCAACCCAUCGAGUAUAUUACCUCUGGAAUUGGUGGAUAAAUGUAUCGGUUCGAGGAUGCACAUUAUUAUGAAAAACGAUAAAGAACUGUAUGGAACUUUAGUGGGAUUCGACGAUUUCGUUAAUAUGCUGAUGGAAGACGUCAUCGAAGUCGAAUACACCGCCGAUGGUAAAAGAAUAACCAAAUUGGAGCAGAUUUUACUCAAUGGUAAUAAUAUCGCUAUGCUUGUACCCGGUGGUGACUUCGAUACCGGUGGUACAGCUUGAUUUUAAGGUUACUCUUUGUAAAAAUAUUAUGUAAUAUAGUUUUUAUACGCUUU